CUGGGUGCUUUGCUUUAGACAUUCUUUAAACAAUAUCUCCUUUUUGUUAAUACAAAAAAGCAACCUCGCAUUCUCUCUUAUCCCUCUUUACCAACAGUAAAAAGCUAAAGCUCCAACCCCAUCUCUGCAUUUCACUAUGGAAGCUUCAAACUGAAGAAGAAGAAGACUGCAUGGCAAUGAUGGGGUCGACAAGGAUCUGGGCUUAAGAGAAAUGGUGGUGGAGCAUCAAAUCAGCCAGAUUUAACACUGCAGAAGAAUCAAGAGCUUUCUCAAACAUUACCACAUUAUUUUCAGGCAUCACACCAAUUUCCUGAAAAUUUCAUAUCAAUUUCUUGAAAAUUUCAAAAGAUGUCAACGAGAGAAAACACGAGAGCAGAGCGUUCGUUAUGUAGCAGCAACAUUAUCCGAAGGAUUGUUAACCUCCCAAUAAACAUAAUAGAAGGGAUUUCGAGAGCUGUGGGUCAUGGAAUGGCAUUGAUAGGUGCUGGAAGGAGAGACCACCAGCAACCACAUUUCCAGCAGCCGCAUUUCCAGCAGCCCCAAGAAGCUCUGGCAGUUCCAGAGGAAUGGUUUUUCAUAACCAACUUCGAGCAGCAGUAUGGUUUGUCCCAUCCCUUUUUUUAUGCCUGCAGAUUUGUUGAAGCUCUCAAGAUGGCAGAGCAGGAAUCAAAGCUUCUCUUCCUUUAUCUCCACUUGCCUGAGCACCCCUACACAGCUCCAUUCUGCAGUGGAACCCUCUGCUCGGAGCUGGUCGUGCAGUUUCUGGAUGCGAAUUUUGUUUCCUGGGCCGCCAUUGCAAACAGUGGGGAAGGUUUACACAUGACUGCUGCACUAAGAGCACCCACUUUUCCUUUCUGUGCUAUUAUCAUGCCUGCUUCCGGUGAUAGCAUUGUCAUCCUGCAGCAGGUGGAAGGGCCAGUGUCACCUGCUGAACUGGUAGAGAUUCUACAGCUGACAAUUGAAGAACAAAGCUCGGCUUUCAGAGCCAGAGCAGUAGAAGAGGAGACAAGAAGAGCGAACCGCCAAGUAAGGGAGGAACAAGAUGCUGCGUAUCGUGCAGCACUUCAAAUGGAUAGGGAAAAGGAAGUAAUCCGGGAGUUGGUCAUAGAGGAACCAGCUCAUAUUCAACAGCAGGUUGAAGCACACAAGAAGGAAAACAUCCAGAAGCCAAGGAAAUCUCCUACCACUGCGAAACAGUCGGGCAGCAAAGCAAAAGAAACAAUCAAGGAAACUCAACGAAAGGAAACCGUUACUCCCAGAACAGGUCCAUUGGUUACUCAGAUACUGAUACGAUUUCCGAAUGGAGAAAGGAAAGAGCAGAGCUUCCUUUGCACUGACAAGAUUCAGUCCAUAUACAGAUACAUCGACUCACUGGAUUUGCCAGGGAUAGGAAGUUACCAUCUGAUAUCCAACUUCCCAAGAAAAGUUUAUGGCUUCGAGCAGAUGAACAUGACUCUCAAAGAUGCAGGCCUCCAUCCGAGCACAAGCUUGUUCCUAGAGCUAGUGGAAUAGUAUGUUCCCGUUGGUUCUGUAAGGAUCUAAAUUACCUGCAGAAAGUUUCCAGAAAUACUACUGACAGACGUUUCUAAAUGUACUGUAUGAUAGAUUUCUUUGUUGUUGUAAUUUACGUUUGAAAAAACCUAUAUGGACCCAAAAAAAAAUGAACUUUAGUUUUACAUCCUUAAAUUUAAUCAAUUGAUUCACCUCCAA